AUGUCACUUCGUGAUUUAUCACUCGUUGAUACCACAGUCAUAAGUGUGUCAAAUGAGACAUCAACCGCCAUCAGCAACCAACAUGGCAAAGACAACCACGUUCUGUUGUUUAUUCUGCUGCCUGCUACUGCUGUAGUGUUUGUGGGAAUUGCAAUUGGAUUGAUUGUCUGGAUGCUGAAACGCAGCAGAUUGGAUAAGCUCCGACAUCACUUAAUGCCACUGUACAGUUUUGAGAACUCGGAUAGUGGCCAGGAUUUGGAAACAGAUUUACUAAGUCAGGAUGUGCACCUCAGAGAUAGUACCAGCCCACCGAACUCACCCAUCCUGAAGUUGAACACUAUGUAUUCAGAAUUGUGA